AUGGCAGACGAGGAAGAAGACCCCACCUUUGAGGAAGGAAAUGAAGAAAUUGGAGGAGGUGCAGAAGGUGGACAGGGUAAAAGAAAGAGACUUUUUUCUAAAGAAUUGCGAUGUAUGAUGUAUGGCUUUGGGGAUGACCAGAAUCCUUAUACUGAGUCAGUGGAUAUUCUUGAAGAUCUUGUCAUAAAGUAUAUCACUGAAAUGACUCACAAGGCAAUGUCAAUUGGAAGACAAGGUCGAGUACAAGUUGAAGAUAUCAUCUUCUUGAUUCGAAAGGACCCAAGGAAGUUUGCCAGGGUGAAAGACUUGCUUACUAUGAAUGAAGAAUUGAAACGAGCUAGAAAAGCAUUUGAUGAAGCAAAUUAUGCAUCUUGACACUUUUUGUAGAUUCUGAAAAUUACCAUCUGGGGAAACCAGAUAUCAUAAUUGUAUAUUUUCUAAAGUAAGGUUCUGAUAUCUAGCCGUGUAAAUGAAAGAUGGA